GGAAACGUGAGUGCAGGUGUUUAUACCUAAAAGAUCCAUAAAGAUCCUAAAAGUAUCAUCCAUCUCAUGGAUGGCCUUAGAUGGACGGAGGAAUGACUGUUUAUGGUAUUCAUGGACACACACACGCACUCACACAACCGGACACAGAUUCCCGUUCUGAAGAACCGCCAGUCACAUGAACAGCCAAGGAGAAGACCGUUUUGAGUUGAGUCUUCUCACAGCGCAUUUUAGACUCCCGUUCGGAUCAUGGUGAGCCUUUUUGUCCUACACAGAGUCUGUUUUCAGCUCCAAGUUUUGAGUCGCCAAUUCGUAGAGAGCCUCUCCCAGCCAUGGCAGAGACCUUCGCCUUCAAUGCUGACAUCCAGCAGUUGAUGAGUUUGAUUAUCAACACGUUCUAUUCCAACAAGGAGAUUUUCCUUCGAGAGUUGAUCUCCAAUGCGUCCGAUGCCUUGGACAAGAUCCGUUACGAGUCCAUUACCGACCCGGACAAGAUCGAGGCCCAGCCAAACUUUUUCAUCAAGAUUGUGCCGGACAAGACCAACUCGACUUUGACCAUCGAGGACUCUGGCAUCGGCAUGACCAAGAAUGAACUCAUCAACAACCUGGGCACCAUUGCCAAGUCAGGCACUAAGGCUUUCAUGGAAGCCAUGGCCGCUGGCGGUGACAUCUCCAUGAUUGGCCAGUUCGGCGUCGGCUUCUACAGUGCCUACCUUGUGUCGGACAAGGUUCGUGUUGUCAGCAAGCACAAUGAUGAUGAGCAGUAUAUUUGGGAGUCUGGAGCGGGUGGAUCUUUCACUGUGCAGAAAGACACUGAGCUCGUCCAUGGCGAAAUCAAACGUGGCACGAAGAUCAUUUGCUACCUCAAGGAGGACCAGUCUGAGUUCUUGGAGGAGCGCCGCUUGAAGGACUUGGUGAAGAAGCACUCCGAGUUCAUUGGCUUCCCGAUUGAGCUGUAUGUGGAGAAGAGCAAGGAGAAGGAGGUCACAGACAGCGAGGAUGAAGGUGAAGAGGAGAAGAAGGAGGAGGGUGACGAGCCAAAGAUUGAGGAGGUCGAUGAAGAAAAGGAGAAGGAGGAGAAGAAAAAGAAGACCAAGAAGGUGAAGGAGGUGUCCCAUGAGUGGGAGCAGCUUAACAAGAACAAACCGUUGUGGAUGCGCAAGUCAGAGGAUGUGACCAA